AUGGUCCCGCCGCAGGAGCUGCAGGAAUGGCUGCUCGAUCGGCUGAAAGCGAUCGUGGACAACGACGUGCAGGAGGAUGUGCCGGAAGAGUGGAUCAAGCUGGCCCGGCAGACGUUUGUGAGGAGUAGACCCGCGAAGAUCUUGGAGGUGUCCCACCGCCUGCCGGGUCAGCACGUCGCCUGGGAGGCGGUUGCCCUUGGUGGCUAUGACUGCAUCACGGAGAUUCCGCCAUCGAAGUGGGAAGUGGAUGCGGUCCCCAGUCAAGUUCAAUCCUCGGUCCCUCCGAGCUGUCCCCCCUGCGACAUGGCCUGCGUGAUGGAGGAGCAGGGGCAGACAGAUGACGUGAACCCCACGGAGGACAAUUCGCCCAGCCAGGGCGCGAGCGACGACAAGGAUCUCGCCGACAAGAUUCAGUGCAAAGAAGGGGAUGUGGAUGACAUCAAGUGUUUCAAGGGCAAGGAGCCCAAGGAGAAGGACGACGAGGCCAGCACCGUUGACAGCGAGCGGGUGUACGAGGAGGUCACCGAUACCUCCAUCUGGCUCGACGUCAAACCAGGACUUGACAAGGUGGAUCCCAAGAAGGCAGCGGUUCUGGAGCAGGUCACCGCUCUCGGUGAUGACAUCUUCGGUGAUGACCCGUUGGUGGGCUGCUCCAAACGCGGUGGCUGGCGAAUGCACGUGGCAGUUGGCCAGGUGGCAGAGAAAACCGUUCUCCUGGGCUUCAUCGUGUGGCGUAUCAAGCCUGAGCGAAACAUGCUCAUCGUGUCGCAACUGGCCGUUCCGGAGCAGUUUCGCCGACAUGGGUUCGGGAAGAUGUUGGUGGAGUUGCUGAUCGCAGAAGCGAGGCGCCUCCCUCAAGUCUACACAGUGAGUCUGUCCUCCUUGCCUGGGUCCGUGAAGUUCUACAAACGUCUCGGCUUUAAGCAAGUGCAGCGUCUUCCAGACGUGGAGGGGAAGAAAGAGGGCCAGGUUUUCAUGCAGUUGAAGACACCCACGAAAAAGAAGAAGUGA